ACAUGUGUUUGAGAGUGAAAGGUGGCUGAAUGUGGAAGAAGCGACUAGAUGCGUUGUUCCGGGACUAACCCACGGACGUUGAAAAUGGUGCUGCUGCCAUCGCAGUUCAGCUCUUGGACAUUACUGAUACUGGUGCUGAGUUGCUUUAACAACAGUGUUCAAGAUGACAGCUGGGUGAAAGAUCCGUCAAUGUGUGAAGUCUGUAAGUUUCUGGCAACUGAACUGAAUGAGCGUUUGGUGGAGACUGGAAAGUCGAAAGAGGUGCUCGAAACUGGACAUGGGUUGGAUGAAAGAAAUAAGAAGAAAUUCAAGUACAACACAUCAGAGCUGAGGUUGACAGAAGCUCUUCAGGACCCUCACAUAUGUGAAAGAAUACUGGAGUACAAUGUCCAUGCUGAGAGAGAAGGAAGUUUGAGAUACGCCAAGGGGAGGAGCCAGACCAUGGAUACAUUACAUGGCCUCAAGGACAAAGGUGUCAAAGUAGAGUUAGGUAUCCCAUAUGAGCUGUGGGAUGCUCCAUCAGCCGAAGUCACAAGCAUGCAGAAAAAGUGUUACCAUUUGGUAGAGAAGCAUGAAGAGGAUAUAGAGGAGUGGUAUUUUCACAAUCAGAAAGAGGACAUCAUGAGCUACUUGUGCAGGAAAAGGGUACUCACUGAGGGAGAUCAGAAGUGUUUAGAUGAAAAAUUUGUUCCAAAGGACGAUGAUGAUGAGAAGAAGAACAGAAAAGGAGAUACAGGAAGUCCUUCUGGGAAGAAAAAAGAGGGAAAGAAGAAGAAGACAAAAGAUAGCAAGGAUGCAAGCGAUGCUGAUAAAUCUGAGAAAAAAGAGAAGAAAAAGGGAAAAACGAUAGAUAACAAGUCCAAGGAGAAGAAAGAUGAAUUGUGAUGAAAAGAAAAUGUUAUUUACUUUUAUGCAACAUAAAAAAGUUCCAUUCCAUAUGUUUAUUUUCUGCAUUUACAUUGUUUGUUGUUCUGAUAUAAAUCAUUUUAAUCUUUGAUUUUAGACUUACAUUUG